AUGCUUCAAGGAAAGAAACCUAAGGAGAAAAAGAUGGUCCCAGCCCUUGCUGUCAUGAAGAAGGUGGUCAGUCCUCUGUUUGAGAAAAGGCCCAAGAAUUUUGGCACUGAACAGGACAUCCAGCCCAAAAGGGGCCUCACCUGCUUUGCCAAAUGGCCCCACUACAUCCGGCUUCAGAAGCAAAGGGAUAUUCUCUAUAAAGGUCUAAAAGUGCCUCCCAUGAUUAACCAGUUCACCCGCCUGGACCACGAAAUAGCCACUCAGAUGCUUAAGCUGGCUCACAAAUACAGACCAGAGACAAAGCAAGAGAACAAGCAGAGACUGUUGGCUUGGGCUGAGAAGAAAACUCUUGGCAAAGGGGAUGUCCCCACUAAGAGACUGCCUGUCCUUCAAGCUGAGGUUAAUACUGUCACCACCUUGGUGGAAAAUAAGAAGGCUCAGCUGGAAGUGAUUGCACAUGAUGUAGAUCCCAUUGAGCUGGUUGUCUUCCUGCCUGCCUUGGGUAGUAAAAUGAGGGUUCCCUACUGUUUUAUCAUCUAGAAGGACAGGCCAGGGGCAUCUGGUCCACUGGAAGGCUGCACCACUGUUGCCUUCACACAGGUUAACUCAGAAGACAAAGGAGCUCUGGCUAGGCUGGUGGAAACCAUCAAGACCAAUGACACUGGCAGAUAUGAUGAGAUCUGCUUUCACCUGGGAGACAACAUUCUGGGUCCAAAGUUGGUGCCUCACAUUGCCAAGUUGCAAAAAGCAAAGGCUAAAGAAUUGGUCACCAAACCGGACUAA